GCCAUUUCAUCAAUAUUCAAAUUUGCCGCGAUUCGUGCGUUCACGAUAUCUGUGGCACGGAUUGACGUAGCGGUAAGAAAAAAAUGGCGAGAAAGGAUUAAAGUAUUGUGUGCUGGUGUGCAACGCAAUUUAUAAUAAAACUGAAAGAUAGAAGGGAUAUAAUUGGGGAUUUAUUAUAUGUGGACUUUAAAUGUCGUUUCUUUUAAUUUACAGAGAAACAAAUUGGUUUCCUUGAAAAUCCUCAAUAAUAUAUCUUAUAAAACGACAUUUUCGUUAACUAAAAGAAGAUGGACCGGUUGCAGUUUGAGUUUACGAUGAUAGCUUCAAAUGAUGGCAAAUCCAAUGUGUUAGCCAUAACCUCAAUUACUACAGAAGAAGGAAAAUGUUAUGUCUUACCUGAUGAUCUGAAACCGGUCAUUCACCAUACAUGUAUUGUUAAAAUGAGUACAUUCUCGAAAAUAAAAAACAGCAUAAAGAAGAGGCAUCAAAGCCGAAAAAUUUGGAUAAAAUUAAAUGAGGAUCAAAAGAAAACAUAUACAGAUGAGGAAGGUAAUAUGCAAUUUUUGGAUCAAUACUUGGAAGAAAUUAGCAUCAUACAACCAAAAGACAAAGAUAGUAAUUUACAAAAUAUAUUAGAAAAAUUAAUUGAAACUACCACAAAUAAAGAAAAUCAACAUAACCUAAGACAUGUCUCGGAGAAAUUUAUUAUUGAAAAAUUCACAAGUAAGAAUUGUAAUGCAUUGCAAUGGAUAGAGAAUUUUGAAAAAGAGUGUGACCGCUUCAGUAUUACAAAAGAUGAAACAAAAAUUGAAAUAUUGAGAUUGUUUUUAGAAAAAUCUUGUUUGGAUUGGUAUAGCCCGAUGGCCAUCAAACUAACAGUAACUUCUGAAUGGAAGGAAUGGAAAAACAAUUUUUUGGAAACGUUUAAAAACCAAGGAUGGGACAUGGUCUCAUAUGCUUUUUCAUUCAAGUAUAAAGAAGGAUUAUUAAUUGAUUAUGCAAUAAAAAAGGAACGACUCAUACUAGACAUAAACAAAUCAGUAGACUCCAAAACAAUAAUAGAUCUUAUUGCAACAGGCUUACCUGGGUUUAUCUUAAACAAAUUAAACAGGGAUGAACUCAACAACACUACUGAUUUGUUCAACGAGUUAAGAAAAUAUGAAGGUAUGAUGUACAAGAAGAACUCACCUAUGGUAAGAAGUGCUACUUUUCUUCAUAGAAAUAAAAUUAAUGAGAAGAAGCCGUGUAAGACGUGUGAAUCUUUAGACAAAGGAAUAAGAUACCAUCCAGAAGAGUUGUGUUGGUUCAAGAAAAAUAAAAAUGAAUCUGAAAGGGGUACCAAAGCCAGAACUGUGAACAAUAAUUCAAUUAUUGAAGUAGAUAUAAAUACUAAUAAAAAAAACGAGUAAGUACACCAUUAAUCAAAAUCAAGCUUUUGUUAGAAAAUAAAAUAGAAGUAAGCGGAAUUUAUGAUUCAGGCUCACAGAUCUCUUUGAUAAAUUCAAGACUAAUAAAAGUAAAAGAAAAUAAAGAUAAUGUUAAUGUUGCAUAUAUGAAAACGGUUAAUGGUGUGAAGAAAACAGAUGGCUUGAUAACAAUAAAAAUAAAAAUAUUUGAUAUGGAAGAAGAAGUGGAUGUAUAUGUUGUAGAAAAUGAAGAUUUUGAUGAUUUUAUAAUCGGAUUGGAUAUGAUACAGAAAUUCAGACUUACUCAAAAUGAAAACUUGCAGAUAGAACAAAAGAAAAUAGUAAAUAAAAAAGACAGAAUACCUAAAGAAAACGAAAAUAUAAAAAAAUAUAAAAAGACUUUUGCAAUAAACUUCAAUGAACAUAUAGAAACAGAGGAAUUUAUAAGUAUGAUUGAACACUUAGAUACUGAAAAGAAAAUUGAGAUAGAGAAAAUUAUAAAGGAAUUUAAAACAAUUUUUGCUAAAGACAAGUAUGAUAUAGGAUCAGUUAGAAAUUAUGAAGCUCACAUAGACUUAUUAGUCAAUAAAUACUGUAGUAAAAGACCGUAUAGAUGUACAAUAGAAGAUAAAUUAGAAAUUGAAAAGCAAAUAUCCAUGUUACUAAAGAAUAAUUUAAUAGAAGAAUCUUACAGUCCUUUCGCUGCUCCAGUGACAAUGGCAUUUAAAUAAGGUGAAAAUAAAAAAUCCCGCUUAUGCAUAGAUUUCAGAGAGUUGAAUAAAAUUGUUGUACCGCAAGCUCAACCUUUCCCAUUAAUAGAUGAUUUAAUUAUUAAAACUAGAAAUUGUAAAUAUUUUACUACACUGGACAUAAAUUCAGCAUUUUGGGCAAUACCACUAAGGGUGGAAGAUAGAAGUAAAACAGGAUUUGUCACACAGGAGGGCCACUACCAGUGGACCUGCCUCCCUUUUGGCCUGAAAACCUCACCAGCAAUUUUUCAGAGAAUUUUAAGCAAUAUUCUAAGAAAGCACAAUCUUACAGGAUAUGCAGUAAACUUCAUUGACGAUAUUUUGAUAUACUCGUCCAACUUUGAAGAACAUUUGAGACACAUUAGAGAUGUAUUAGAGGCAAUAAUAAUAGAAGGCUUUAGAUUGAAGUUGCAGAAGUGUACCUUUGCUUCAGACUCGGUAAAGUACCUAGGACAUGUAAUUCAGCACAAUUCGGUAAGACCACUUAAAGACAAUCUGAUCUCAAUAAAACAUUUUCCAACCCCUAAGACACAAAAGAACAUUAGACAAUUUUUGGGUAAAAUCAACUUCUACCACGAAUACAUACCAAGAAGUGCAAUUAUUUUAGACCCAUUACAUAAUUUAUUAAGAAAAAAUGAAAAAUUUGUGUGGUCAGAGAAGUGUGAAGAAUCAUUUAAUCAAAUAAAAAAUUAUUUAUGCUCUCAACCUGUAUUGGAAAUAUUUGAUAAUGACUUACCAAUUAAAAUUUUUACAGAUGCAUCUUUAGGGGGUAUUGGGGCAAUACUAAAACAGACACAACUAGACGGCAAAGACAAGCCGGUGGCAUAUUUCUCAAAGAAACUGAAUGAAACUCAAAAACGGAAAAAAAGCAAUAUAUUUGGAAUGUCUUGCAAUUAAAGAAGCAGUUAAGUAUUGGCAACACUGGCUCAUUGGAAAACAAUUCACUAUUUAUUCUGACCACAAACCUCUAGAGAACAUGAAUAUUAAAUGCAGGACGGAUGAAGAAUUGGGAGACCUUACAUAUUACCUAUCUCAGUAUGACUUUACAAUAAAAUAUAUACCCGGCAAAGAAAAUGUUGAAGCUGACUGUUUGAGUCGAAACCCAGUAUUAGAAUCAGAAGAUAACAAAGAGGACCUAUUGAAAAUAGUUAAUU